UACUACGCUUUGUGACUGUAUACUAGUAUUCUGAAUAUGUAGUACCAACUAUAGUAAAUUGAUAAACUGUAGUAUACUUCAAUAUUUACUAUGAUAGGGUUAAAAACACCAUACUGUAGUAUCACGCUACUAAAGUAUGCUACAGUAUUCUUUAAUGUGGGCUGUUGUCCUCAUAACAUGCAUUACAGUAAACAUCAGUAAAGCAGACAAGCUCCCACGUCAGCUCAGAAGGGAGGUACACUAUCUUUAACAGUACGUCCACUGCAUACGAGCUAUGUAGUCACCACACGGUGGAGCAAAGAAACGUCAAAGUUUUUCGCACCUCUGAACCGAGUACCAAAGUUAAGGAACUGCAAAAAUUCGGCGCGCAUCUCUUCUUACAAGAGCCAAACACGUCUGCAAAUAACACAUUUUCCACACGGAUUAUAUAAUUCACAGCAAAUAUAUUGCUUUUCCCAGAUAAUAAAUGAGUAACUCUUGUUCAAUGUGCGGAUUGCGAUGAUCGUGUCCAACUUGAGUGUGAGCAGUUGCAGGAGGACGAACAGCUCGCUGUGUCUCAGUGCAGUUGAUGGACAUUUGGACGCGUCCUCCCCCUAUCGCACCCUGAGCUCCACCGGGCACCUGCUCGUGGCGGUGUGCUUGGGCUUCAUCGGCAGUUUAGGAUUCCUCAACAACCUCUUGGUUCUCGUGCUGUUCUUUCGUUACAAGGUGCUGCGGUCACCUAUUAACUUUCUGCUGGUGAAUAUUUCCUUAAGCGAUCUACUGGUGUGCGUACUUGGGACUCCGUUCAGCUUCGCGGCGAGCACUCAAGGGCGAUGGCUCAUCGGGAAAACUGGAUGUGUGUGGUAUGGCUUUGUCAACUCGUUGUUAGGCAUUGUGUCCCUCAUCUCACUGGCUGUGCUGUCAUAUGAGCGCUACUGCACAAUGAUGGGCUCCACGGAGGCUGAUGCCACCAACUACAGGAAGGUGGCCGGUGGAGUGGUGAUGUCCUGGGUCUACUCUUUGAUCUGGACUCUACCUCCUCUAUUUGGCUGGAGCCGCUAUGGUCCUGAAGGCCCUGGAACCACCUGUUCUGUGGACUGGACAACCAAGACGGCCAAUAACAUCUCUUACAUCAUUUGCCUCUUUAUAUCCUGCCUAAUUGCCCCUUUUCUGGUUAUUGUCUUCUGCUAUGGUAAGCUGCUGCAUGCCAUUAAACAGGUCACCAGUGUGAACACUUCUAUGAGCCGCAAACGAGAGCACCGGGUUCUUCUCAUGGUGAUCACCAUGGUGAUCUUCUACUUGCUCUGCUGGUUACCAUAUGGGAUCAUGGCUCUGCUGGCCACUUUUGGGUCGCCAGGACUGGUGACUGCAGAAGCUAGCAUUGUCCCUUCUGUCCUAGCGAAGUUCAGCACCGUCAUCAACCCCAUCAUCUACAUCUUCAUGAACAAACAGUUCUACAGGUGUUUCAGAGCUCUUGUGCAAUGUGACAAACUCCAGAGAGGUUCCAGUGUCAAAAGUUCUUCAAAGGCAACUAAACCUUUUCGGCCCGGACGGCACAUAGACAACAACUUUACUUUUGUAGUUGCAUCAGUUGGACAAACAAUGGCCCCCAACCAAGCAAACCCAGGAGAGGAGCAGGGCCCUUCAUCAGUUGAUAAUGUCAAGCCUGUAGUAGUGGCCCUGGUGGCCCAUUACAAUGGCUGAAAAUGUCAGCACGUAAAGAAACAUUUCACACAUAAUGAGGGAAAUGCAGUGCGAGGUUUGGAGGAUUUUACAGGGUUAUGGAAAAAUAUUCGAACGGAAUGGAAAAGGACAAAAUGAGAGUGGGACUGUUUAUGGCAUCCAACAACAGGUCACUUAUGGUCAUUUGAGCUGUUCGUAAUUUUCUUUGAAAUAUUCUGCAGGUGUUGAAGGCUAUUUACGUUAAAAUGUUCAGCAACAUUCGCAAUACAGUACACAGCAACUCUUUUUGAGGGAUAUUUUAAAAACUUUUAUGAGUGGAAUAAAACAAAAUGUGUUUUUCUAUACAGUAUAUUUUUUAGAAAAAAAAUAGGGAAGUUGCAUAUACAUUUUUGAUGAUUGUCUAUGUAGGCCUGAUGAAUGUAAUUUUUACUGUAGAUCCUGUGUUUUUGUUGUAUAGAGUUUUUGUUUGCUAAAAUGACACAGAAGUCCACUUCAGACUAAGCUGUAAGUUUUUGUCAUUCUUGUUCUAAUGAUAUACUGUACGCUAAUGUGAUUCUAUUUAGUUUGAACAAUCAGGGGCGUUACUAAUGGGUAAAGUUAGGACGAUUUGGGGUUAUGCAUUUCCGGCAAAAUGACCCCCCCAUUCACUGCAUGGUUUUGUCCAGUCUGUUAAUAAAGUAUAAAUAUAAAAUAUAAAGUGCAAAUGUAAAGGGUCUGCAACAGGUGUUAGAUACAAUUUGGUUUACAAAUUUUCACACACAAAAAAAAACAAGAAGCAGGACAGGAAACUAAAUACCACCUUGAUGGACAGUUUUUAAUGAUUAGCUUAUAUGUUUUUAUAACACAGUGGUCCUCUUUUAACAUUUUUUAUUUACAUUUGAUAACAGUGCUACAAUAAAUUAAUGUAGUUAGUUUAUUAGUUUAUAUAACUUUAGAUUUUUCUGAGAUAAAAUACUUUUUUCUGAGAAAAAAAAUAUUGGCAUUGAUAUACACAUACACAGCUCAAUAUAAAGAUAAAAAGAUACAAAAUGUUACAACAUUCACUGAUCUCCCUUGCAUUUGAUUUCAAAGAUAGCAUCAACAGCAACAGAAUUUUUGACUUUGAAGUUAUUUUUUUAAUUGACUUAUUUUUGGUGUCUGAUUUGAGAUUUAGGUCGAUGACAAAACAAGCUCCUAAAAGGGUAUUUAAAAAAAUCUUUGCAUAUUUUUGCACAAUUUGAUUAAAAAGUUUUGUUUAUUGAACAUUUCAGUACAUUUAAAUGAUGAUUUAAUGAUGCUUUUUUGCAAUUAUUUGAUGCUUCCAGUCAAAAAAAUGUCAGAUGGUACAACUAAUCAUUGUUUGCCAGAUAAUUAAGUCAACUUAAUUUGCAACUCAUUUAUUGCCAAGACAAAUAUAGUUAAAAUGACUUGUAAAUCUGUGUUGACUGAACAAAAAAGUGAAUAAGAUGUUUUUAAAAGCUUUUUUAAGCAUUAAUCAUCUCUGCUGUAGCACAUGCAGUUGACUGUACCCAUUGAAUUCCAUAGUAGAAAAAACAAAUACUAUAUACAGUCAACUGUGUGGUUACCAUCAUUUAUCAAAAUAUCUUCUUUUGUGUUCAACAGAAUAAAGAAAUUCAUGGUUGAAUGAGGGUUGAAUGGACCAGCAUGAGGGUGACUAAAAUAUGACAGAAUUUUCAUUUUCGGUUGAACUUUUAACACUAAUCAAUAAACUAAAUAA